ACACGCAAGGCUGUUAAGGGCCAAAAAGUCUACCGCUUCUAUUUCCCGCUAGAUAACCGCUCGUCUCACUCAACUCCCUUUCUCCGCCCCGUGACGUCAGUCGCAACGUUAGUGAGUCCCGUCUUCCAUGGGAGUAGGUUUGCAAAUAUUUCGGCGGGUCGUAUAAUGUGUUGCAUUGGAAAUAGUGUGUUGUCAAGGUAACUUAUAUUGACAGCGCAUAUUCGCCCAAAAGAAUUAUUGCACACUUUUUGUUUAUCAUGGGAUGCUUUAUAGCUUCGACUUCCUGUUAAGCUCCUAAAUUCCUUAAUAUGAAAUGCUGCAUAUAACACAUAUAAGUUUAUGGGACUUAAGGAUUUUCAUUGUGAAAGAGUGUUACGUUUUGCAACGUUUAGAAAUAUUUAGUUAAUUUCAAAUAACAUUAACUUGUGUAUUACAUCAGCACUGUUCAGGAGCAAUCAGCUAUAACUUACAUAUGGCUUCAAGACAAAAUGACCCAGCUAAAAUUUUGCUGUUGGAAGAACUCAGGAGUGUGAGAGAAGAGCUUACCCAAUGUCAGGCUGAUAAAGAAUUUGUGUGGUCAUUGUGGAAACGCCUCCAAGUGGCAAAUCCUGAUCUUACUCAAGCAGUUAGUUUAGUUGCGGAAAGGGAGAAGCAGAAGGCUGAAGCAAAAGAUAGAAAGGUUCUAGAAAUCUUGCAAGUUAAAGACAAUAAAAUCCAAGAAUUAGAACAGCAAGUGACAGGGCAACAGCAGGAAAUAAACAAUGUGGUACAAAGAAAAAUUGCUGUGGAUGAAGAAAAUGCCUUGAUGAAGACGGAAUUGAACGAUCUACAGCAGAAAUAUACAGAUAAAAGCCAGGAACUUAAGGAUGCUAAGGAUCGUGCUUGGAAACGAGAAGAGCAGAGCAAGCUGGUGAUAAAGAAACUGGAGGAGGAAAAAGAGGGAUUAAGCACACGCUGCUCUGACCUGCUGAGUAACCUAGAGAAACUGAAGAAGCAGGAGGCCCAGUGGAAAGGAGAAAAAUCUGGCAUUGAUUCCAAAGUAAAGACACUACAAGAUGAUUUUACUGAAGCUAAGAAACAGAUGGAGGGGCUACAUGAUAAGUGCAAGAAUUUGUCUGCCCAGCUUACUGCCAAAGAGGAAGAUUUGCUUCAGAAAAAUACUGAUGUCACCAGACUCCGAAGGGAACUGCAGGAACUUCAGAAUAUUUAUAAGCAAAGCACAGAACAUGCAGCACAGCAAGCAGAGUUGAUUCAGCAACUGCAGGCGCUUAAUGCAGAUACACAGAAUGUACUACGAAAUCAGGAGAAUGCACACACUGCUGAAACAAUAUCGUAUCAAAAGCUCUACAAUGACCUGAAUCUAUACUAUGAUGCUCUAAAAUCAAGUGAGGCUCAGCUGCGACAGAGCCACAUUUCCCUAACGUCUCAGCUUCAUCAGAAGGAACAGUUAAUUGGGCAACUGCAACUGCAGCUUCAACAAGCCUUACAAAAACAGGCACAGCAUACCACUACUGGUCAAUUGGAUAUGGAAUUACAACAUGAAUCUUUUAAUGACUUGGAACAUCAAAUAGUUGUACAGCAGUCUGAAAUAAACCUUUUGAAAGAAAAGUUGAGGAAAGCCAACGUAAAGUUAGCAGAGUAUGAUACUGAUCAUGAAGAUGCACUGGAGAACAGAAUCCUUAGGGCUGCGAGAAAACCUGAGGAACCACCUGUGAAGCGUUCAAGGUCUCUGUCCCCAAAGAGCUGUUUGAGAGAGCCAGAAGAGCUAAAGAAGCUUAAAAUAGCUGAAAAGAAGAUUGAAAACUUGGAAAAACUGCUUCAGCUAAAGAUCCAGGAAAAUGAAGAGUUAAGGAAAAGUCAUGAGAAACGUAAAGAGAGACUGCAGGUUUUACAGACCAACUUUAAAGCAGUAAAGGACCAGCUGACACACACAGAGGAAUGUGGCAAGAACAAAAGCAGUAAAGUCAGAAGUCAGCGAGCAGAACCUUGGCAGCUCCAGCAAGAAGACAGUGAUGCAGUGUGGAAUGAGCUGGCUUACUUCAAACAAGAACACAAGAAACUAUUGAUUGAGAAGAUGGACCUUGAAGAGGCUGCUGAUCAGCUUAAAGUGCAAGCGGCAAUGGAUAAGGCUACAAUCAUGGAGUUAGACAUAUGCUUGCAACAAGAAAGAGAAGAACUACUCUUUAGACUGGAUAACGAUGAUGGGGUCAAGAACAGUACACCGAAGAAGAAAAUUCAAGAGAAAAUGGAUCAGUCGUUGCAAAAGAUACAUCAGAUGGAGAAGAAGUUAAAAGCUGUUGAAAAAGAGGCAAAACGACUUAAAGAAUUCAACGAGGAACUGACCAACAACAAAUGUUCAUUGAAAUCAUCUGUAAAUAGACUCAAAAGGGAUGCAGAUGCUAGAGAGGAAAAGUUUUCUGAGCUUCUGGCAGAGAGGCAAGGAUUGCAAAAAGAUAAAACAGAGCUGAGAGCAGUGAUAGAUGAGCUGCAGAAAGAAGUUACAUCUCUAAAGAGGAAAGCAGCAGAUGCCACCAAGCUGAAAAAUGAGAAUGAGGAGUUACAGAAGCAAAUGGCACGAGUGCAGGGAGCACUGGCUGAAGCCAGGGCAGCAGCUGCCAUGGUCACCAAGGUUAUGAGCUGUGGGCAGUGUACUUGUAAGACAACAGCUUCCAAGGUUAAAUUAAAAACAGCCAAGAAAAAAAACAACAUGAGACGUCACCAGUCCUUUCUCAAUCAAUCCAUCAAGGAGAUGAGCAAUGUGUUUGAUAACGUCAGUAAAGACGGCUGGGAGGAUAUAAGUGAAGACAGUGAUUCUGAACAGUCAACCUCUGUCAGCUUGGGAGAACACAUUUUAAAAUCUACUUCUACACGUACUGCUCAGAUGAAGAAAGAUGACAGUCAAGGUGAAGGAAGAGAGAGUGACACAUCAUGUGAUACAAUACACAUGGACAGAAACAACCAACCUGGUCUUCUUAAGAUUGUUGGUCACAAAGAAGAAAAAAUUGCUACUGCAGCACAGAAGAGGAAUUCCCAUAGGCCACAUGGUCCCUCUCUGUUAGUUAACAAAGUUGCCAGAGAAAAGAAGAAGGCACUGAUGCAGAAACGCGGUCCAUCUACUAGUGCAUUACAACAGCGAAUAAUUACAUUACAAGAACAAAGGCUCAUUUUGCAAAGUGGAAAAAUGAUGGCUUUAAACUGUGUAAAAGAAGUGCAAGAAACUAACCAGAAGUUGACAUCAAGGUUGAAUUUAGCUAACCAAAGACUUCAGGUUAGCAAACAGAUUGCUCAGAAGUUGACUUCUGACCUGGCAGAGCUCAAGGGGCAGAAGGAUGAAUUGGAAAAAAGACUGGACCAGAUGAAAGAGCAGCUGGCCCAAGCUCCAGAAGCAGUAGAAGAGCAAUCACCCCUGACCUCGAAUCAGAGACUUACUAUACCACCAACACCUCCUAGGAGCAUGGAAUUAGAAAUAAAGCAGUUACAGAGCAAAUUGAAGAAUGCAACUAAUGAAACCACUAAACAAGUAUCAACUAUCAAGGCUCUGAAAAGUGAUCUGCAGGAACAAGAAAGUCAGGCACAGCAGCUUCAAGAGAAAGUAAGUCGAAUGGAGAGAGAUAUUCAAAUGAAAAGGCAGUUAAUAGAAGAUCUGAAAUCUCGACAAAGGGCAAACCAGGAAAAUGACAAAACUUACAAGGAGACUAUUGAAGAGCUUGAGAAAAAGAUAAAAAACAUGACUGAAGAAUAUUCCAGCAAGAAAACGCAGAUUGACUGUUUAAAACAGAGACUUAAUGUGGCAGUAAAAGAGAAGACUCAGUAUGAGCAGAUGUACCGCAAAACAAAAGAGGAACUGGAUAAAAAGAAUCAAAAAAUUCAUGAUUUGGAAACCAAAGUGAUUGAAGCAGAUACUGCCAUGACUGAACUAGAAACUGCAGCAACUCAGCAAAUGCAUGGCCUUGCUCUGCAAAGUGAGCAUUCAUUAGAUCUCAUACAGAAGAAACUGUCAUUGGCUAAUUCACGCAUAGAGGAACUUGUGACUUUUGUAAAGGUAUUUGUCCUCGAAUUGCAGAAAGAUGUUGAAAAGACAAGGAACCAGAUAAGAAAAACAAAGAAAGAGCAAGCAAGUACAGUUUCUAAGCAGUCUCUUAGCAAAGCCCAGAGUUUAGCUGCUUCUAUCUUGAAUAUUGCCCAGAGUGAUCUAGAAGAGAUUUUAGAAACAGAGGGUGAUGAGAAUUUAGAAUCAGGAGACGCAACUAGAAGAAAUGACCAGGAAUGGCAGAAGAAAAUACAGAAACUUCUUGAAGGGCAGCUUCCAUUUGCUUCACAUUUAAUGGAAACUAUAUUACACAAGCUGCAAGAGCACAAAAAGCUAACCGAAGAAUAUGCUGUGCUAACCAGAGAUGCUAGGUGACAACUAACGGGACAACUUGUGAGGGAAUAAUUCAACACUGUGAAGUGCAUUUUGUAGUUUUAUUUAUAUAUUUAUCUUGUGAUUUGUUGACAGUUCCAACACUUGAAUUAUGUGAAAUUAUGAAAAUAAGCAAGAAAAUAUGAUGAUUUUUGAAUAAUGAUUUUAUGUGUGUGCACACAUGUGCAUGUGUGUGUGUAUGUAUGUAUGUGCGGAUGCAUGCGUGUGUGCUUUUUUAAAUGCAGUUUUUUUAUUCUGGGGUCAGAUAAUUACUAAACUUGAAUUACAUGAAGUUAAGCAAUAGAAACCAUUUCUGAAAAAAUUAUUUUAUGUAUAUGAUCUGUAAAUUUACUGUUGUUCAGAAAUUUGAUUAUCUGAACAGUUUUUAACCUAUUUUUAUAUGAAUUCAUUUGAUAAAAUAUAUGCAGCCAAAUUUACCUGGUGUGACAUCUUUAUAAGAUGCAUUAUUCUAUAGAUAACGCAAUUAUAUUUUAUGUGUGUGUUUAAAAGACAGUUGCUGUUCUUGUAUUUAUUGUAUUUGUUCACAAAAUAGUUUACUAUACUUGAGUCACAUAAAAUUAAACAAUAUAAAGUAAAUAAUUUCUGAAUAAUGAUAAAAGGAAAUGUUUGCAACCAAAUUUAAGUAGUGUGAGAUCUUUGUAUGAUCCAUUAUUCUGUGGAUACUUUGAUGAUAAUAUCCAAAGAAUACCAAUGUAGCAGGAUUAAUAGCCAAAUGUGUACAAAUACAAUUGUAUACAUUAUCAGGAGUUAUCAAAUUCCCAGAUCACAAAAUAUCAUGUUUAUGCUGAGAUUAUUUGGUGCAUCAUUAUAUGAUUAAAAUAAAUCAGACUACAGUUUCUGACUUCUACCAGAAUAACAUCCUUGGGUGAUACCAAAGCAUAAUGAAAUUGGAUAAACAUUUGUACCUUUAUAAAAUAGCUGCGUAUAAACCGAAGUCAUUUAAUAUGUACCAGUACGACUCAGAAUUCACAGCGUCUAAAGACAGAAAUGUGCUAUUUUGUACGUAUAUUUUAUGUAGACGUGCAUAAUUACCAUUAUGGGGUUUAAAACAGUGGCAUUAUUCUCUAUACACCUAAAAUGCUAUCCAUUGUUUAACACAUUAAAAACAGGUUCCAUAUUCAGGCUGCAUGGUAAAGAGGAUUAUAACAAUGAUAAUGACCUUGGUACUGGAAGAGCUGGCCAGAUGGGUGUGAGUGGGUUGCUUCCAUUGUCUUGCACAUCCUGUGAUGCAAAGCAGUUUGGUCUUGUUGCAUUAAUGAUGUUGUGAAGGCCAGGCAUCACAGCAGGAAGGACCAUAAUUCAUUCCCACCAAACAGUGCAUCAUCUCUUUAUACACCUAUCCAGUGGCCAGUAUGGUGGAACACCCAGUCAUCAGGUUUGACAUGGAAAUGGAGAAGUUAGGGCAUACAAAAACCCUUGAUAGCUGCUGGGAUAUUCACCUACUGUGGUUGUUCUUUUGCUGUGGGUUAGAAGGACUUGGAUAGCUGAUGAUCAUAGUCAUGAGACACAAAAACACAAAAGAAGAAAACAAGCUCCCAUUUUUCUACUUUAGUGACCAUUCUAGUGGCUGCUAAACAUCCUGUAACAGUUGCAUGAAGUCUGCUCCCUAUGUCAAGUUUUAUUAAAGAUCUUAAGUGCUUAGUUAAGCAAGACAGCAACACUUGGCAAAGAGCCUCAGAAUGAUAUUUUUGGAAGGUCUGAUACCACAAAACAAAUUCACUGAAAGCCACUUUCAACAAAGUUAAAAGAAAGAUUUCUUUACAGGGGCACAACCCCAUGCAUGGUAAGGGAAGCCCAUCACACUGACCCAACUUGUAUAUAAACCAUCUCCAAGGUUGCACAAAUGUAAAUGAAGGGGCAAACCCCAGGUGUGCUGAAAAUCUUUUUCAUUCAGUUUAUUUGUAGUAGUGAUGUAAUAUUUCUGAAACAGCAGAUUCAGAAAGCAAAAUAAAUAGUUAUAAUGAGAAUAGACCUGUUUCUCCUCAACUUUUUUUUGAACAUCUCUAAGUUUUACAUGUAAUGGUAAAACCAUGAUCUUUAUACAUUUCUGCAUACACCGGAUAGCUCUUCCAUCUUAUUCUAAUUUCUUUUGUUUUAUUCAUAAGUAAAGUAAAUGAUUUUUAGCAACCCUCGUGUGGCUGCAGCAAAAUCAGAAGAACUACUUGUCAUGGUAUAUAUAUUUUUUAACUGGAUAAGAACACUGAUCCCCUUUUCAGCCAUGACCCAGGCCAAAAGUGGAAAGAGGCAAUAAAAAUUUUGAGCACAUCUGGCCCAUCCCACUCAGUGGUACAUGGUGGCUUAAACUCCUUAGAACUUGUGCCUAGAAAACUGGAGGAUCUUCAUAUGUAGGACAGUCUUAGAAAGGGAGACCACCACACCAUAGGAAACUGCGAGGACAGACAUAUGCAUAGCUGACAGUAGAGGAUGCCUGAAGUUAGUGAUGGCAGUGGAUAACAAAAAAGUUUAUCCAGGAUCCCAAACAUAACUUCAGCUAUUUGCUUGACUUUAUAUACAAUAUACUUUUUCUAAACAUGGUAAGAAGAAAAUCUAAUUGUGAGAAACUUUCCCAAGUAUGUCAUUUAUGUGUAAAUAUAGUUUUCAUGAAAAUAGUUCUAAAGCUGUGUGUUGCAGACCUCUUGGAUAUCAAGCUGUCAUUUUGAACUAUUUAGAAUUAAAUCAGUGUCAUAGCAGAGUGCUACAAAGAUUGAUGUAGAAAUCCCCCUCGGUUUCCAUCCGAUAACUUCUAUGCAUUCUAUAUUCCAAUGUUAACAAUCAACAACAGAAUGAAAAUAAACAAGGGCAAUUAAUCAACCUUGAAUGCAGCGCAAAGUAUUUACAAUUGCUUAUUGAUUUUUUCGACCCGCAAGAGGAAGCGCUAUUGUCUGAAAUUAACAGGCUACAGAGUGACAUCUACGAUAACUUUUCACUAACUGUGUUAGGUGAUAGGAUGGACACCCUCUAUGAGAAUAUUCAGAAUUAUGAAAAAAAGCUGCAAGUGACCAAAGUUAGAAAGUUGCAGAGGGACUUUGGUGACUUCAGAAAUGGCAAAGUUUUUCAUGGAGUAGAAACAGGAAUGAUACACGCCCUAUACGAUAUGAGAGUGUAGUUGCUGGGACUACCAGCAAUGCUAGCAAUGAGUCUACCCCUAUUGCUUCCGUGGAAUAUUUCCCACCACUCCCACUCAGAACUGAAUUGGAACUAGGAGGUAAUGUAACAACACCAUUGCCUGUAGUAGUA